AUGAAUUGUCUUUCUAUUAAUCUUAGGGGGGUGAGGAACACUCGGAAGUCGGAUUGGGUUCGGAGUCUCAAAACUAGUCAUGGGAUACAUUUCAUUGCUAUUCAGGAAACGAAGCUGCAGGACUCUGAGUCAUUCAUGUUUAAUCAAUAUUGGGGUAGAUCAGUGUAUAAUCUUGCUGUGGUGAACUCACAAGGUAGAUCAGGUGGAUUGGCGUGUUUAUGGUGCCCGUCUAUAUUCAGGUGCGUUGAUAUAGUUCGAAAUAGAUUUUUUAUUGUGGUUUCCGGAUUUUUGGUGUCUUCGGGCUGUAGAAUAAAUUACAUGAAUGUGUACGCUCCUAAUGAUGCUGUGAGUAGGCGGAAUGUAUGGUCAGAAAUCUUGGGGGUAAAAAAUUCACUACAAGGAUUAUGGGUAUUGAUGGGUGACUUUAAUGAGGUUCGUGAUGCAAGCGAGCGUAUGAAUUCGGAAUUCUCGGAAGCAAAUGCCGAUGCCUUUAACCAGUUUAUUCUUUCAGCUGGAUUGGUGGAGUACAACAUGGGUGGAGGCAAUUUCACAUACAUAUCAGAUAAUGGACAAAAGCUUAGCAAGUUGGAUCGUUUUUUGGUAUGUUUGGGCUUUAGGGAGCAGUGGCCUAAUGCAACCGUGCUUGCCUUAGAUAAGGUCGCGUCUGAUCAUCGGCCCAUCGUCUUGUCUACUGUUGAAGCGGAUUUUGGUCACACCCCCUUCAGGUUCUUUAAUUCCUGGUUUGAUUAUCCUGGUUUUGCUGACUAUGUCCUACAGAUUUGCAGUGAGUUUUCCUUCUCGGGUCCGGACGACCUUGCCCUAGCAAUAAAGUUAAGGUGGUUAAAGAAUAACAUCAAGUCAUGGCUAAAAGAGGAAAAAGAAACUCGGGAGGGCAUUUAUGGUAGGAAGAGGGGAAGGUUGGCUAGUAUUGAAAGGUUGGCGGAACAAAGAAUGCUUUCGGAGGAUGAGUUGGCCGAGAGGGCCGAUUGUAAGAACUAUGUGGCGGAAUUCGACCGCUUAAAGCAACUCGAUUUAAGGCAAAAAUCUAGAUCCAAGUGGGCCAUAGAUGGGGAUGAAAACUCUGCUUAUUUCACCACAUUGUUAAUGCGAAUAUUUCUACAAAUAGAUUGA